AAUAUAGUGUUGAAAGUAUGAUUGUGUUUCCUCCCUAAAUGUCCCAGGAUGGUGUCUCCAGCUAUUGCUCUGGCCUUCCUCCCUCUCCUGCUCACAGUAAUCAUCAGGUACCGGUUCUACUUCGUGCUGUUCUACCGGGCGAUCCUGAUCAGAAUAUGGAAGGACUGUGUCACUGGUCUAACCAGAGAGGAGCGAGCCUUCCAGUAUGUUCUAACCCACGCCACCCCUGGAGACCCUGAGAGCAUCCUGGAGGCCUUUGAUGAGUGGUGCAGCAAAGUGGAGUUUAUCAGCAACAUUGGACCCAAAAAAGGGAAGAUCCUGGACCGGCUGCUGUUGGAACAAAGGCCCCUGACAGUGUUGGAGCUGGGGACACACUGUGGCUACAGCACCAUCCGGAUCGCCAGGGCUCUGCCGCUGGGAGCCCGACUUUACAGCGUGGAGAUGGACCAGAGAAAUGCUGCGAUUGCUGAGAAAAUCAUCCGCCUGGCAGGGUUCGACGAUGACACGGUUGAACUGAUUGUGAAUCCAUCAGAUGAGGUGAUCCCUCGGCUCAGGUCUGACUAUGGAUUGGAAAGACUGGAUUUUGUCUUCAUGGAUCACUGGAAGAAAUGCUACCGCCCUGAUCUGGAGUUGUUGGAGGGCUGUGGGCUACUGGGGAAGGGAUCAAUGAUUGUGGCUGACAAUGUUCUGUUUCCUGGAGCUCCAAAGUUUCUGAGAUACAUCCGCAAGUGUGGCCUGUAUGAAUGGAAGAUCCACAGGGCCACACUGGAGUACAGCAGGGGCAUCAGGGAUGGGAUGGCCGAGCUGGUGUACCAAGGAAUCAAGUAG